UUCCAUGAACAUUCUUCGGUGUCGGUUGUGCUUGCUUGCAAAUAUAGUGUUAAUAAACUAAUUAAUCAACGACAAAAUGGGUUUGACAAAAUGCUGUAUUUUUAUUUUGUGCUUUGCGGGGGUCCUAUCCGAUUGUAUUGAUAUUUCCAAGCCCGGUGAAUCAUUCUGUAAACCUAAUAAACUCUUUUAUUCUGCAGUUGAAAAUAAGACACAACCCUUCAUAGGGAUCGGUAGUAAAUAUUACCUAAUAAAUACUGUGUCUAAGAUGAAUUGGUUCGGUGCGGCGCUUUAUUGUCGCAAAUAUGAUAGUGAUUUGGCUGUAAUUGAAUCGGAAGCUGAGAUGAAUGCACUGAGUUCCUAUUUAACUACGAAUGAAAGUCAUAUUGAUAAAAGAUUUUGGUUGGGUCUUACCGAUUCGGCCGAGGAGGGUAAAUUUUUGUCAAUUAAAGACGGACGCCCAAUGCCGUAUGCUAAAUGGUCAGAGGGUCAACCAACGAAUUACGCUGGAAAUGAGAAUUGUGUAGAUCUUUGGCUCGUUAAUAAUAUAUUCGAAAUGAAUGAUGAGAAUUGCAUGGCUGAGUAUUAUGCCAUCUGCGAGUUGCGACAACCAAAGAAGACUUGUGACGUGUGUGAAUUGAAAAUUUUUUUGGAAAGAUUUAUGCAACAAACAAAUAUUCCAUACUGUCAAAAUUAGUUAGGUAGAACUACCACUAUGUUCAGAACUUGCAGGACCUACAGAACAGAUAAAUGAUAUUCGGCUUACUUGUAGUAUAAAACAGUUUCAGAAUUAUA